AUGGAACGCGACGGUCUAGCCGUGGAAGGAGAAGCUCUACAGCUGGAGCGGGAAGAGUUGCGCGCCGAGAAGAAUGCACUGAUGACUCGGCACGACGUAUUGGAGGCCCAAUAUAAGAAUAUCUGCAACGAACGCAACGUGGUCAUCGUGGAACGAAAUGAUGCUCUAGUCGAGCUCAAGAACUUGCAGAAGAGACACUCAGAGCUCAGUCUUCGACACAGCACAUUGAUUCGCGAACAAGACGCGCUUCUGCUCGAAGCCGACGACUUGAAAGAACAGCGAGAUGGAUUGGUGGCGGAAUGCAAGAUUCUUCGUCGACAAUGCAAGGCGGCCUGGGAUGGUCUGCAGAUGCUCAAUAGUGCGUUCCGCGGCGAAGACGAUGGAUAG